AUGACAAAUUAUAGUGAAAGUCCAGCGCAACAUGCUCGACAAUUGGUGCAUAACAAUGUAUGGGCAACACUAUCGACAAUCUCAGUCCAGUUUAAUGGAGUUCCAUAUGGUAGCACUGUGUCAUACAGCGAUGGCAUCGCGUACUCAAUGGCGAACUCGACAGGCGAGAUCUUCUUUUACAUUACACCAAUGGAUGCUACCGGAGCAGAUCUAAGUGUCAAUUCUACUGCGUCCGUGGCAAUCACGAUGGCUCAGGAAGGAGAAGAUGCGUGCAAAAUGGAUGUUGAAGACCCGACGUGCUGGAAACUCACUUUAACCGGAAAGGUGGUGCCUGUUUCGGGGCAGCAGCGCUACGAUGCUGAGAAAGUAUUGUUCUCCAAGCACCCACAGAUGGAGACUUGGCCGAAGAAACAUGGGUUUCGACCAUAUCUUCUUGAAAUUGAAAACAUUAUCCUCCUUGAUUUUUACGGCGGUGCCAAGCACGUCCUGGUACAAGAGUACUACUCGAUCAAGCUGUAA